AAUAAACUCAGGUCAAGAUGGCGUCCAACCACAUCGUCGGCGGCCACUCGGUGUACGACGUGGCACAUCUGCAAGAUCACUUGGUGUGGAUCCAAAACCUGAUUGAGAAUCUGCCUCGCACGAUCGAUAUCACGGUGGGGGACAAGGUCGACGCACUCCGACGCGACACGAACGCAGGCAUGGACAGCGUGCACCAACGCCUCCUGAAUAUAGAAGCGCAGUUGACGUCGUCGGGGGUGCAACAGCAGCAGAUGCAGCACCAGCAGCAGCAGUAUCAUCAGCAGCAGCUUCAGCAGGUCCAACAACAGCUACAGCAACACCAGCAACAGCUACAACAACUACACCAGCAACAGCAGCAGCCGCAGCAGUGUGCAACGUGUCGAAGCCACGACCUCAACUUCCACGCAAACAACAGCAACCCACCGACCAACAGCAUCAAUCAGGUUGUAAAUUCGAGAAACACAACGAACAAGGUGGCUUCGCGCGGCGUCUCAACGACGAAACCAGGUCGGUCCGUCAGCGGACGAGGGGGUGGUCGGGGUAAAGGAGCCGCGAUCACGUCUGCGACAUCGUCUGGGGUCGUGUCGUCGCCCGAGCCCGCUAACGUCGACGGUGGCCACGCCGCCUCGCGCCCCAAGUCCUCCGCCGCCGCCGCGUCGAUCGCCCGCCGCGUCCUGCCGCGUGGCGCCUUUGCCCAAUUCGAAUGGACCUGUGGCGAUCAACACCCUGUCCCAGAAGACUGGAAGUUCCCUCAAUCCACGUGUUUGGCCAUGUGGGAGCUGUGGUUCCACGGCGAUCUAUCGAGCCAGCUGUGUCCAUUUCGGCAUCUGCUCGGAGCCGACUUAACCGACCCCAACUCGAAGCGCUCCAUGUAUGUCGCCCGCCGCGUGAUCAAGGUGCUGAUCGACCUGGCCAUCUCCAAGGGUGUCGCGGCGAACGAAGACGCCCUCGCCGAUCAUUCUGACCUGCGCUCCGUGUACCACCAGUGCUUUGAAACCAUGUCGCAGCAUCCGACGCUCCUCUCCAAGCCACUAGACGUCGACAAGUGGUCCACUUGCUCGUACAUGACCGUGUACGAUGCCCUGCAAAAGGGCCGCCGUACCAACCUGCACGAGCUCACGUUCACGUGGGCAGAUGGCACGUUGCACUUGACCCCCGAGGGGUACCGCCUCCCCGCGACCAAUUGCAGCGCGAUGUGGCAAAUGUGGUUCCGCGGUGACGCCGCCGCCGGCAUCGGGCCCUUCCGGUACCUCAAGGAGAGCGAUGUGGACAACCGACAGGACCUGUACCGCGCCCGGAAGGCCAUGAACAUGCUGGUCGAAGUCGCGAUCGAGCAGGGAGUUGUGACAUCGCAGGAUGAUUUGAUGGCGUUGUCGGAUGAAGAGCUCGAGACGGCGUUCGAACUCGCGUUCGACGACUAUACGCUGCAGACCCACGGCGAUGACAAGGGCCCGACGCCGCAGGACAUGUCGGUGCGCCGGCUCUACGAAAGUCUGCAGAAACGAAAGCGACUGGUGGACGAUGGAGGUGGGUCGUCCGUGUUCCUAUGAUGACGACUCUGUGAACCACCCUCCCUGGUGAAAUACAAACGUCGUCCAUACAAUGUACGACCGAUCGAUGUGUUCAUGUCACGAGGUGAUUUAGAGCUGCGCCAUAACUGUAAAGCCAAACAACUACUAAGUACACCAUAACGUUAUUGGAGGUCACUCACAG